AGACUACUUAAGCUGAGCUCCAUGAACCUCAGUGAAGGGCUGUUUCAGGGUUUGGCUUAGUGACCCUCAUCCUGGCAGUUAUUUUACUUGUAAAGAAUAUUCAAGUGCUCUGCCUAUCUAGGGCCCUGUGAAGCAAUGAAAUAUCACUCUCAUAUAGAGAAUCUGGAUGAAGAUGGAUAUACUCAAUUAGACUUCAGCACACGAGACAUCCAUAAAAGGCCAGUGAGAUCAGAGAAAGGAAGCGGGGCUCCACCUUCUCCUUGGCGGCCCAUUGCAGUGGCUUUAGGCAUCUUGUGCUUGGUGGCAGUAGUGAUUGCUGCAGUGCUGGGUGCCCUAGCAUUUUGGAGAUUCAAUUCAGGGAGAAAUCCAGAGGAGAAAGACAACUUCCCAUCAAGAAAUAAAGAGAACCACACACCCACAGAAUCAUCUUUAGAUGAGAAGGUGGCUCCCUCCAAGGCAUCCCCAACUACAGGAGUUUUUUCUCGGCCUUGCCUUCCUAAUUGGAUCAUGCAUGGGAAGAGCUGUUAUCUAUUUAGCUUCUCAGGAAAUUCCUGGUAUGGAAGUAAGAGACACUGCUCCCAGCUAGGUGCUCAGCUACUGAAGAUAGACAACGCAGAGGAAUUUGAGUUCAUUGAAAGCCAAACAUCUUCUCACCACGUUCACUCAUUUUGGAUAGGCCUUUCCCGAAAUCAGAGUGAAGGGCCGUGGUUCUGGGAGGAUAGAUCAGCAUUCACCCCCAACUUGUUUCAAGUCAGAAAUACAGCUCCUCAAGAAAGCUUACUGCACAAUUGUGUAUGGAUUCACGGGUCAGAGUUCUACAACCAAAUCUGUAAUACUUCCUCAUUCAGUAUCUGUGAGAAGGAGCUGUAAAUGUAAUGUAUGUGAGGGUAUAAAGAUGGCGUGCUGAUGUCAUGCAUGCUCACACACAGAGACACACCACCACCAACAACAGCAACUACAACAACAACACAGAACAGAACAGAACAGAACACACACAAAUAUACCAAC